GCUCCUCUACCACGACACGGCGCCGGCGCCCUGGUGGACGACGCUGCUGCGGCGUACCGCCAUCGAAAGCUUCUUCAACACAACACUGCCGCCCACAGGGCCCGUGGAUGGCAAGGUGUAUCCAUGGUCGGUGGCGCAUUACGUGAACAUGACCAGCAAG